CCUAAAUGCUUAUUUUUGUGCUUAUAAAAUGACAGUUCCAGCUCUUAGAAAGUAUGUGAUACUUUUUGGAAAGAUUGUAAAACUUGAAGAUUUUAUGGAAAAAGAAGGAAGAUGGUUAUCAGAUGAUAUUCAGAAUGAUGAAAGCAACAUACCUGAAAGCUGUGUUGCUAUUUAUUAUAAACUUGAUAUAGAAAACAAGACGAUCAAAGAACGAUUGUUCAUGACAACCUUUAAUGCGAAAUACAUAAAGGCAUUCAAAGAAAUCAGUGUAAACUGGAUUGAAGAAUAUUUUGUAAUAGAAGAAAAGGACUUGCAACAAUUGAAUAAACCUGAAGAAACCAUUAUUGAGAACGGUGGAGAGAUAUUCAGUUUAAUUAACAAAGAAGGAGUGGUAGUUGGUGUCUCUUCCAUGAUAAUAGAGAGUGAUGGCACUGUUGAACUUGGAAAGAUGGGUGUGAAAAAGGCAUAUCAGGGUAAAGGAUAUGCUCAUCCACUUAUAUAUGAAGCUAUUUCAUGGGCCAAACGAUCUGAUAAAAAGUUUCCCUAUGUUAAGCUUUGUACAUCUAGUAAAUUAAUACCUGCUAUUAAUUUGUAUAAAAAAUACGGUUUUGAAAAUAUGCCUAUAAAAGGUCCUCGGGAAUUUGCUAGAGGUGAUGUGAUGAUGAAAUUAAAGCUUUAACAUUCAAUUCUUAGCUGUUGCUAUUAAAGAAUAUCUUGUCUCUAAAACAAUGCAUUCCAAUAAAUUUAUUAGAUUUAUAAUAAUAAUAAUACUAAUUAAAUAAAUAAUACACUGUACUGCUGUG